AGUGACCAUUUCGAAGCGAGUUUGCCAUGGCUGCUGCCUUAGCAGCCGAACUUGAUCGAUCUCCCUCACCACAAGGAUUGGACUACGGUGAAGGCUUGGUCGAUGAUCGUUUGGUGAUUGAGGAGCGGGAGCUCUACAAGAAACGUAUUGAAGCGGAAGCUAUAGCGUCGGAUGGCAAGAGCAAGAGUGACGACAUUGACACUGAGGAGGACGAGGACUGUGACUGCGACGAAGAAGAUGGUUCCAAGGAAGGCGCGGGGCCGGCCGAGGACGGAGGGGCCAAGCUUUUGGAGCUGGUUGGCAAAUCUCAGAUGUACAGCAGCUGGUUGGCUGACCAGUUCAAAGAUGUUGUGGAACAAACGCUGGCUGCGGCAGCGGCUGGAGCUGUUCAAAGUGGCGUGGAGGAGCGACCCUCAAAGCGUCGGAAGACGGGGCGUGGCAAACUGCAGGAUAACGCCAAACCUGCCGUCCCCUCAGCAACGAAGGUCCUCCUUCCACUGAUUACAGCAGACCUUCGCGACUAUCAGCUCAAAGGCGUGGCAUGGCUCAUCAGUCUCUACAAGAAUGGCGUGAACGGCAUCCUGGCCGACGAGAUGGGCCUUGGGAAGACGCUGCAAACUAUCAGCUUCAUCUCCUACCUUUGGGGUCACGCUAAGGAUGUGAGCUCGAAUUACAUGGUCAUUGGACCGCUGUCCACCCUGAGCAAUUGGGUUGCGGAGUUCAAUCGCUUCUGCCCGAGCAUCCCCGUGCAACUCUACCAUGGGACGCCGCCGGAGCGCGAAUCCAUUCGCCGUAACCAAAUGAGCAGCACCGACAAACAAAUGCCUGUAAUCGUGACAAGUUACGAGAUUGCCAUGGCAGACCGGUGCCACCUCGAGCGUCACAAAUGGAAGCUUCUCGUAGUCGACGAGGGCCACCGCCUUAAGAACUUUGACUGCAAGCUCCUUCGUGAACUGCGCCGCUUGAAGACGGACAGUCGCCUGCUCCUUACCGGCACGCCGCUGCAGAACAACCUCCGUGAACUGUGGUCGCUCCUGAGUUUCUGCAUGCCGAACAUUUUCGCGGACGCCGGCGAGUUCCUAGACUGGUUCGAUUUCCGCACUCCGGAAACGGCCAUCCCUGCGGCGCAACAGCAGGCGAGGGCGACGAUGGUGUCGCGGCUACAUGCCAUCCUCAAGCCGUUCGUCCUGCGGCGGGUCAAGGCGGACGUCGAAAUUGGCGUGCCACCUAAGCAGGAGGUUGUGCUUUAUGCGGAGAUGACGGAGGAGCAGCGACGCCUCACACGAGGCCUUAUUGACGCAAGGACGAUUCACUUUGUGAAUGUGCAGGAGGAGUAUGCCAAAGACGGUGUUCGAGGCUCGCUCAAUAAUCUAAUCAUGCAGAUGCGCAAGGUUUGCAACCAUCCGGACCUCAUUACGGGACGGGCCUCCGGUGAAAUCUGCUAUCCGCCUGCAGCGGAGUUAGUGGCGGAGUGUGGAAAGCUGGCGCUUCUGGAUCGCCUCCUAAAGGAGCUUCGCAAGGGCGGGCACCGCGUCCUUAUCUUCUCGCAGAUGACGGAGAUGCUCAACGUCAUUGAGGCUUACCUCCAGGACCUGGGGAUUCAGCCGCUCCGCAUCGAUGGUAGCGUGCACUGGCAACAGCGCAGAAACGACAUCGCGGAAUUUCAGAGCGGAAAUUCGGAUAAGUGGGUUUUCCUGCUUUCCACACGCGCUGGCGGACUGGGCAUUAACUUGACCGCGGCGGACACGGUCAUCAUCUACGACAGCGACUGGAAUCCGCACCAGGACGCACAGGCGAUGGACCGCUGCCACCGCAUCGGGCAGACCAAGCCGGUGCUGGUGUUCCGGCUGGUUACGUCGAACAGCGUAGAGAACCGCAUGCUGGCGAAGGCCGAAUCGAAGAAGGCGCUCGAGCGCAUCGUCAUCAAGAAGGGUGCCUUCAAGGAGCUCUUGCAGUCGACGUCGUCCACCUCGGUCGACGAACUGGUGCAGUUACUGAACCCGGAUCGCCGCUCCCAGGACCUGGCGCAGUCAGGUGUUGUCUCGGAUCAAAUGCUGCGGAAGCUGCUGGACCGCUCGCACCUUGCGAUGGCUGCACCGGAUACUAGAAGCCAGGCACAGGAUAAGUCCGUAAAGCAGGGAGCACGGCCAAAGGGGGACAAACCUUUAUGCGACUCUGCUGACAAGAAGGGCGCACGCAUGCCACCCUACCCGCUUCAGGGUGUUGGUUACGAGGUCGUGCUGGACGAGCCGCACCGCCCCACGGGCUUGCUGCAGACCAUUGACGGGCAGUGA